CACUAUCGCGCACCUUUCUCAUUUCGGUUGGGGUUUUGGGUGCUACUGCUGUAGUAGCUCGCACACUCCUUUCGCAAAUUUGGCGGCCAAGCGGUUCCAAAGGUACAAAAGUCAGGUACCCCGAGGCUAGGGGAGCCCAUUGGAGUGAGUAUAGGUUGAGGAGCCGCGACCAGUGAGAGGACACCGGGAGCGGCCACUGCUGCUCUCAGCACUCAUCUGAGUUCUUCGGUGUCUGGGCCCUCUCUGCCCUAAAAGCAGCCGGGGAGACGAGGGCUGAAAAGGACAGCCGUGCUGGGAGCGUGGAGGGUAGGGGAUCUCGGGAAAGGCUUCCUCGGCGAGGCCCUUUCCUAGGCGGGUAUUCCGCUGAACUGAGAACGUUCCCUGCUGCCGGGCGGGAGGUCGAGGCUAGGGCAGCGAACCGAGCGGGCGUCCGCGUGGGAAGUCGGCCUUGCCUCUGUGAGCUGGGCAGCAGGAGUGCCUUAGACUUGACUUUAUCCAGGGAGGACAUGCCCAGUGAAAUGUAUCCCUGCCCUGCUUGGAUCAGAGAAACAAGAAAAGAAAUACCCUGACUUCUCUGCUCUGUUGUGCAGGCAUAUGUCACUUUCAGACUCAACAUGGCAGCCAGUGACCUGUCCCCAUCAUGGGAUCUGCCUGCCCAGCACUCUGCCUGUUUCUACUUGAGAAAUACUGAGGAGGAAAAGAUGGUGGCUGGAUAUCCAGCAAACUGGUCCCAGAGACCAGUGACCUUCAAAGAUGUGGCUGUGGAGUUUGCCCAAGAGGAGUGGAUAAUGCUUGACUCAACUCAGAGAAGUAUGUACAGAGAUGUGAUGUUGGAAAACUAUAUAAACCUUGCCUUGGUGGAAUAUCAAUUGUACAAACCUACUGUGAUCUCCCUCAUGGGUCAAGAGGAGAUAACUAUGAAAAGGAAUAUUCCCCAAGGCACCUACUAUGCAGACUGGGAGGUUCAACUUAAAACCAAAGAGUCAACUCUUAAGCAGAAUAUCUUUGGGAAAAAAUCCAGUGGAGUGAACAUAAGAUUCACAAUGGAUGAUUGGUCUUCCACAUUAAGAGAAUACUGGGCAUGCCAUAAGAUCAGAAAACAGCACAAGAUCCCAGAGGAAAAUGUGAGGCAAGUGAUAUUUACCGAAAACAAAACAGCAUCUCAGGAGAGAUUCUGUGACUAUCAUGAAUUAGAGGAAAACUCUAGACUUAGAUCAAAACUUGUUUUUUUAAGGAACAUUUCCACUAGUAAACAUUGCCACAAAUGUUACUUAGAUAUUGAGUGUUUCAAACAAAACUUAAUCCUAAACAAUUAUGGGAAAAAUUAUGUGAGUGAGAAGAACUGUGAAAGUUAUGAAUAUGACAGAGCUUUGUGGUAUCUUGAAAGAAUUCAGACAGCACAAAAACAGUACACAUGUUCCAAAUACAGUAUACACUUCAAACAUAAUAUGCUUCCUGUAUGUAGUAAUUUUUAUAUGGUGGAUAAUUCCUAUGAAUAUAAGAAAAGCAAAACCCUUUCUCAUCAUUCAUCCCUCAAACAACAGGAGGAGCAAACUCCUACUGGAGAGCAACAUUAUGAAUGUAGUGAGUGUGGAAAAGCCUUCAGAAGAAUUUCUCAUCUUACCUUGCACCAGAGAAGUCAUAUGAAUGAGAAGCAAUAUGAAUGUAAUGAAUGUGGGAAAGUCUUCAAUGAUUCCUCAACCCUAAGGAGACAUAUAAGAACUCACACUGGUGAGAAGCCCUAUGAAUGUGAUCAGUGUGGAAAAGCCUUUAGUCAAAAAACAUCCCUUAAGGCUCAUAUGAGAAUUCACACUGGAGAGAAACCUUAUGAAUGUAGUUAUUGUGGAAAAUCCUUUGGCACAAGUUCUUACCUUAUGGUGCACAAGAGAAUACACACUGGGGAGAAACCUUAUGGAUGUAGUCAUUGUGGGAAAUCCUUUGGCACAAGUUCUUACCUUAUAGUGCACAAGAGAAUACACACUGGGGAGAAACUCUAUGAAUGCAGUGACUGUGGAAAAGCCUUCUACGCAAGCUCUCACCUUAAAGUUCACAAGAAAAUACACACUGGAGAGAAUCUUUAUGAAUGCAGUGACUGCGGGAAAGUUUUUAGUGGUCUCUCAUCCCUUAGAAUGCAUGUAAGAACUCAUACUGGAGAGAAACCCUAUGAAUGUAAGGAAUGUAGGAAAACCUUCAGUGUUUCCUCUUCCCUUAGAAGACAUGUGAGAACUCACACUGGAGAGAAACCCCAUGAAUGUAUUCAAUGUGGAAAAGCGUUCAGUCAGAGUUCUUCACUUAUUAUACACAAAAGAAUUCAUACUGGGAGAGAAACCCUGUAAAUAUUGUGAAUGUAGUGUUGCCCUUUUGUUUUAAGGUGGACUCCAAGCUCGUUCUUUGAGUCUUUGUUCUCUAAAAUAAGCAUUUAAGGCUAUAAAUAGUCCUCCAGACACCUCUUGACCUAUGUAACAUAUCUAUGUUAACUUGUUUUAAUUCUUAAUGUCUUAAUACUUACUAUUUUUGAUCCACAGUUAUUUGACAUUAUGUGCUUUUAAAAUGUGAAGAAAGGCUUUUAGUUAUCUCAUUGAUUUCUAAGUUAAGUGCAUUAUGUUAAGAGUAUCUGGACUAUAUGGUACUACUAUAUUGGUAUUGAGUUGCUUUGAAAGUUUAUGAUUAGAGAGUUGCUUUCUGACCUGGUGUGGCAUGUAUUGCUAGUAGCCAAUCAAACAUCUAGCUCAUCCUUCCUACUGAUGACUCUAUUUUAGCUCACAAUACCAAUAUUUCUAGCUACAAAACUUCUCAGCCUUUUUGCAGCCAAAUGUAGCCAUAUCACUCACCCCUGAUUAAUAAAAAAUAGUAUCACUGGGGACAAACCUGUCUGGUUUUACCUCUUUGCCAUUUGCCUUUCUGCCUUCUCCAUUCUUCUCCUAUUCCAUUUUUCAACCCCUAGAACUGAAAGUGUCAUCUUGUAGCCAUGAGAAUGAUCAGGGCCUAGGGAUUGUGUAGAAGAAAAAUCAUGGUUCCCCAAGGACAUCUUUAAAUAGCUGAACAGCACUGCACUGCCUGUACAUGAUGUGUGUGUGUGUGUGAGAGAGAGAAUACAGUCAAUACAGUAACCUUGUUAAAAAGACCAUGGAAGUAUAUAGAAUUAAAUAUUUUAUGUGGAAUAUACAAAUUUGGAUAGGAUCAUAGAAAAAGGAGGAAUGUUUAUGGAACUUUUGUGCUCAGGCUAGAGAUGAUCGUGGAGCUGAGAUCACUAAAAAUAAGUAAGAAAUCCAGAGAGUUUUCAGACAGGGAAAAUAACCAACUUUCAAUGCUGAAUGAAGCUCAUGAGAUUUGCUACUUGGUCUUACAGAUACCAGAUUAGCUCUAAUUUACUAAGAAACAAAAUAUGGAAGGGGGAGCCUACAGUGAGAGAAAGAGGCAGGAGUUGUUUUAGUCAUGUCAAUUUUAUAUAGUUUUGACAUCCAGGUAAACAGGCUGGUGUGCAAUUCUGGACCUGAGGAGGUGUCUAGCAUAGAGAUAUAAUUGUAGCAACAGCAGUAGAUAGACUACAAUAGGUUUUGUGGAGGUGAUUGAGAUUGCAUAAGGAAAAUGGAUGGUGUGAAAAAAGAAUGUCUAUCAUUGACCAUAUGUUCAUGUAUUUUUUAUAUAUUUAAAUCACUCCUACAUUUUAAGAUAAAUAAAACAAGAAACCUUAGUAGAUAAGAGGAAAACGAGGAAGACUGAAGUUGUAUGGAACCAAGACAAACUAGUGUUUCAAGAAGGAAGAUAAAGUCAGUUUAAAUGCUACAGGUCAAAUUAAGUCUUAAAAAGUAGGUACAUCAUAUACCAAUGUGAAGAUUAUUGUUGACCUUAGUUGGAAUAUGUUGAGGAUGGGUGAUAGAUUAGGAUGAUUUAGUGAUCAGUAAAGGACAAGGAGGUAAAAGACACUGGAUAUAGAUGAGUUUGAGCAGCAGGAGAAAGGGUGGUAGCUGGAGAAAGAUUUGGUCAAGGGAAAACGUUUUUAAAAUAACAAGAAACUACAAGAAUGAACUAGUGGUU